AGCAGGUACCCGUUGUAAACAACACUUGGUAACGGCAGGAAUUAACUUAUUAAUCGGUUUAUUGAAUAGUAAUCCAGAUUAUCACAGAUUAAUUAAUUAUGCCGCGAAGAGGGGGAAGUGACAAUGGUUCUGAAAACCAGGAAAUGGUUGGGACAUUCGAAACACUUCGUGAUGAAGGAGAACACUUUGUUCACGUCAAGCUCUGGCAAAAAGCAAUCGACAGCUUCACUAGGGCCAUUGAGAUGAACCCAGAGGACAAGAAAUGUUUUGUCACACGAUCAAAAUGUUGGUUACAACUAGGCAAUGCAGAAAACGCUCUCAUGGAUGCUGAGGAAGCACUACGACAAGAUAAAGAAUAUAUUCCAGGCCUGUAUCAAAAAGCUGAGGCUAUGUAUCAGUUAGGGGAUUUUGAAACAGCAUUAGUGUUCUUCCAUAGAGGUCACAAGUUACGACCAGAACUUCAAGAAUUUAGGCUUGGAAUCCAGAAAGCACAGGAAGCCAUCAACAACAGCAUUGGGCAGCCUGAUUCAGUCAAACUGACAGCAGAGGGUGACUUGACUUAUUUUUACAAACAGGAGGAGGAUGAAAAGGCCAAGGCCAAAUCAAAGAAAACUGGUGGUACCUAUGGAAAGCCUGGGGCCAAAAAAGAGGCAGCCAAAGAGAGACAAAAGCCCCAGGGUGGUGGGGACCAGAAAACCAUCAAACAGUUGCUGGGAGAACUGUACGGAGACAAGGACUUCCUGGAAAAACUACUCAAUGAGGACAGUUUAACAAAUGACAGCAAUCCCACAAACAAAGGCAUAAGGGAAAAGAUAUAUGAUGGAUUGGACUAUUUAAAUGCCAGAGCUGACUUCUGGCGGCAACAGAAACCAAUGUAUGCUCGUAAUCGUGACAAGGAUAAGCAGAGAAAGAGUGCCAAGGCACGAAACCAAGACCCCACCAGCUAUCUUCUCAGGUGUCUGGAGGAUAUUGAUGAUGAUCAAUCAAAGGAAAGAUAUGAGGAAAGUUUACAGAAAGCCAAGAAAACUCUGAAGACAGUGGAAAACAUGAGUGAAGAUCAACUGCAGAACAAGGCAGAAAUCUUAGCAAAUAUCCACAGUCAGAUUGGAAAUGCUUACCUGGAGCUAGGAAAAUACAAUGAAUCUCUUAAACAUCACGAAGAAGAUCUCAGACUCGCCAAAGAAAAUGAUUUGGAGGAUGCCUCUUCUAGAGCUUUGGAUAACUUAGGAAGAGUAUAUGCUCGUAAAGGAAAUUAUGAGAAAGCCAUAGAAGUAUGGCAGGAAAAAUUACCUAUGAGUAAAUCUCCACUGGAGAGCACCUGGUUGUACCAUGAAAUUGGUCGGUGUUACUUAGAAUUACAAAAAUGUCAGGACUCCCGAGAUUUUGGAGAGAAAGCGAUACAGGCAGCAAAAGAAGCAGAGGAUGAUGGGUGGCAGCUUCAUGCUAGUGUCUUAGUAGCUCAGUCAGAGGUUAAAUUAGGAGAUUUACAAUCAGCAGCAGAAUCAUUUGAAAGAUCAUUAGAACUGGCUAAAAAACUUAACGAUGGCCCAGCAGAGGCAGCCAUUAAAAAAGCCAUGGAGGAGGUUAAUAACAGGAUAGUGCAGGGAGUGAAGGAGGGAGAUGAGAAGGAUGAGGACGAUAAAGGGUCCACAAAAUCAGGCGGGGACAGGAAAGGGGCCACCAGUCAAGCCUCAGAUAAGGGAAAUGAAAGUGAUCAAGAUGAAAAGAGGAGUAAACAUAGUAAAGACGAUGAAGACAAAGACAACCGGGACGAGGAUUACCCUGAUGACUUUGAACAGGACCAGCAAGACAGUGACAGUAAACCUGGGUCAAGGUCAAAUUCAAGGUUAUCUAAAAAGCAGAGCACUGAAUCAAAGCCAGAGGAGAGCCCUGUCACAGAGGACAAGCAAGACAAGCCCACAAAAACACCAAGCCCUGAACAGCCACAGCCUGUUUCCAAAACAAAGUUUACCACAAGUAAACAAAAAGAGAGUAAGAAAGGAUCUGAUAGCAGAAAAGUUAGCAAGGAGUCUCAGAAGUCCACAAAAAGUGGUCAGACUAACAGAGGUGAACCACAGAAGAAGACUUCAAAAUCUUCCCUCAAAGGAAAAUCAAGCCCUCUAGCAAAAAGGAAAUCCACCCAAGAAAAGAGGGCAUCAGUAGACAAGAAGGAAGGAGCAGAAGACAACUCAAAGAGAGGGGAAACAGAUGAUGACAAUGAUGAGAUAAGGAAAGUUUCAGAAGCCAACUCGAAGGCUGACUUGUUUGAAGGUGAUGACAAAAAAGAUGAUACUGAAAACAAACCAACAGAAAAGAUAGAAAAGAAGCCUUCUAAAGAGGAACAAAGAAAGAAAAAAUCCUCUGUCAGUCCUUAUGUUCAAAGUACAAAAAAGACAUCAAAUAGCAGCACCAAAAGUAAAAAGAACUCUUCAUCCAGCAGUGAAAAAAAGGAAAAGACCAAACAAGAGGAGGAGAGAAAAGAGGAUGAGCCUGAGGAGGAAUCAAAGGUAGAUAGCAAAGAGGAAAAGGAGGAGGAGUCAUCAGAAAAGGAAACUAAAGAGGAAAAGGAAACUAAAGAGGAAAAGGAGACAGAGGAAACACCAGAACAAGGAAAAUCAGAUGAUAAUGUAGAGGAAGAGUCAAAGGACAAGAGUCCUCCCCAGGAGGACAUUGAAGGAAAGGAAAGUAACUCUGAUCAUAAUGUAACAACUAAUUCUGAUAAAGGCAAAGAAGAGGAGGCGCAGAAAUCAUGAGACAAGAGAAGACUUAGUGAGAAUAAAACAAUGAAUGAACUAUCCAAAAUAUCAGACAUUUAUUACAAAUGUACUAAACAGAUGGUUAUAAGAUUACGCAAUUCUGAUCACAGGUCAAAAAAUUAAUGAUUAUAAAGUUUUCCAACCAAAAGAUUUUAAAUACAAUAUGUAUUGCUUAAGUAGAUAUUAAUGCUAUAUAUUGGACGCAUUUUGAAGGUGCAUUUUCUACAUAGAUUUUUGU